UUCCAAAGAAGCCAAGCAAAUAAUCACGCCAACAUGUUCAAAUCCGCCGUCGUUGUCCUCGCUCUCGUUGCCUGCGCUGCUGCCAAGCCAGGACUUCUGGGUGCUCCUCUGGCCUACACCGCUCCCCUUGCCUACAGUUCUCCCCUGGCUUAUGCUGCCCCCGCUGCUGUUGUCGCCGCUCCUGCUCCGGUGGUGACUGCCACGAGCAGCCAGGUGAUCGCCAGGAACUACAAUGGAAUCGCAGCUGCCCCCGUGAUCGCUCCCGUGGCCACUCCUUUGGCUGCUCCUGUGAUUGCCAAGUACGCCGCGGCUCCGUUCGCAGCACCCAUUGCCACUCCUUUGGCCUUCUCUUCGCCUCUGGUUCUGUAAAGCUUUAAAGCCACAUCAUGCGUUUAAAUAAAACUCACUACGACUGAUUACCAACUGAA